ACACUUUCUCACGAUCAAUAAAUGUUCACACCACACGCAACCAACACUUCCGGGGUACAACGACGUCGAUACACCUCAAAUACAACAAAGCAAAAAUACUACUACUUCUUUCAUCCACGCCGUAGCACCCAUUGCUUGCGACACAUUGGUUGCAAACCUGCCAUCACCGUCACUUCAGUCAUCUCAGGGGUGCAUCAACACAACAGACCAUGGGUUCACAACUCGACUUUACGUCGGAGCCCGUCAGGGCCUCCUUUGACGGGUUUCUAUUCGACAUGGACGGCACAAUCAUUGAUUCGACACCGGCUAUCGUCAAACACUGGGAGAACCUCGGGGGUGAUAUCGGCGUAGACCCUGCCACCAUCCUGGCAACGUCCCACGGCCGUCGUAGCAUCGAUGUGCUUAAGAUCCUCGCGCCGGAGAAAGCCAAUUGGGAAUAUGUCAAAGAGAUGGAAGGUCGUCUGCCGAGAGAGCAUGCCUCCUCUGCUACCGAAAUCCCCGGCGCCCGCACCCUCAUUGACAAACUCAUUUCACUCGCUUUUCCCUGGACGAUUGUCACCUCGGGCACACGACCUCUCGUGACUGGCUGGCUGAGCGUGCUAUCUCUCGCGAUACCGGAGCACAUUGUGACGGCAGAGGACGUCCCCGUGGGAAAACCUGAUCCCGAGUGCUACCUCCUUGGGAGGAAGAAGCUGGGCCUGCAAGACGAAGGGAAGGACAUCCUGGUCUUGGAAGAUGCGCCCGCGGGUAUCAAAGCGGGCAAGGCGGCAGGAUGCAAAGUGAUAGGCCUGGUAACGAGCCACACAGCCGAUCAGGUCGCCGCUGCGGGGCCAGAUUGGAUCGUGAAGGACCUGGAGAGCGUCAAGGUCGUUGGUGUCGAGGGAGGGAAAGUCACCAUUGAGAUUUCAAACGCCGUGAGGUGCUGAGGCACACCGGUGAAAGAGGCCGAAUGGAUACGUAUUCUGCAUCAGAGAGGGUUCCGAAAUGCGGCGAAACUGGCGAGACAUAAUCGAUAGAAGUAAAGAAGCAUUCCAAGAGAAAGAACCUAGAGGGUGAUUUAUAUGAGACUGA